CAAAUGUCAAAGUGACUGAAGUAUAUUUUUUUUGAUUAUUAUUUGUGUGUAGAUAAAGAAAAGAAAGCACAAAAUGGGACAUAUAUUCAGUAAAAAACCUAGGAGCAAAAUAACGGAACAAGAUAAGGCUGUCUUGAAACUAAAACAGCAAAGGGAUAAAUUAAAGCAGUACCAGAAACGCAUUGAAGCAAGUCUAGAAUCAGAUAGGCAAUUAGCCAAGCGCUUGAUAUCUGAUGGGAUGAAAGAACGAGCAAAGACUUUGCUAAGGAAAAAACGUUUCCAAGAGCAAUUGCUUAAACGCACUGAUGAUCAAUUGGUGAAUCUGGAACAGUUAACACAGGACAUUGAGUUUGCACAAGUUGAAGUUAAGGUGGUUGAUGGACUCAGGACUGGCAAUGAUGCCCUCAAGAAAGUCAAUGAUACAUUGAAUAUUUCGGAUAUUGAGAGGAUAUUGGAUGAAACCAGAGAAGGUGUUGAGAAACAACAGGAGAUAGAUGCAUUGCUCUUUGGUGUUUUGAAUGAAGACGAUGAAGAAGCAGUUCUUAGGGAAUUGAAUGAGAUAAUCACAGAAACACUGCCUGAUGUACCAGAGACUGAAAUUAUUGGAGAACCAAAUAAUAUUGUUGAGGAGGACAAGAUUGAAAGAUUAAAACAAAUUGGUAGGGGAAAACUGGACAAGAAGGAAGCAAAGGUGGAAAAAGUUGCAUUGGAGGCUUGAAGUCAAAAUUUACCAAAUUUCGUGUUAAGUCGUUAUUUUUAAUAUAUA